UAAAUGCUCCAAUGAUUAAUUACUAAUAGUAUAUACAUCCCAUGAGACAGGGAAGAAAAGUCUAACUCGCCUGCGGCAUCGUUGUUUUGUCCAAAGUAUGUGUGCUUUGGUCGGAGAUGGAGAAACCAGCGUCUCUUCCUUCAAGAUUUAAACCAUACUACAGAUUUUCACCUUUCUCCACUCUCUUUGACCUACGCUGCUUCUUCCUCCUGCCGUCCACUCCGCGCUUUUUGAGUUGCUGUUUUCACGAGGCAAAUCUCCACGUCUGCAAGUCUCCCGGUUUGCUCCUUCGAUCGCCGGACCAGAAGAGAACGUGCGCCAAUAGAAAAAGUCAACGCGCGACUGAAAGAAAUGGUAGAGAAGAUGCUGCUACGAGUCGUGCUUUUGCUUAUGAAUUGUCACGCGACGAGCUCGGAACUUUCGUAGUGUACGAUGUCGAGUUAGUAGAACUACUUGACGAGCUCGCCGCCGAAUCUCCGCAGCGAAUAUUCAAGGGGAGGCCGGGCGGGUAUCAACGAAGAUCCAGCAAGGGUAUUUAUUCAAUCUCUAAUCCAAAACCCUAAGCCCCUCGAGCCGCAGAUCUGGUCUUCUACUGCAAGUUAUAUCAAGGAUCGGUAAUUGUUCUUGCAUUUUUCAGAGAUCUCGAUUGCCGUCACAGAUCAAUUAAUGCUGCAAUUGUUCAUUAGGGCAUUACCUCCAAAUUACGAUAUUCUCCAAGGACAAUACUGGAUGGCUGGUGUUUGUGAGGGCUUCCUAUCUGCUCUUAUUGAUGUUUUAUUUGACCGGUUAGCCUCCUCUGAUCUGCUCUACUUUGCACGCAGAGAGGAGGUGCAUAAGCACCUCAAAAAGUGGGAGAAAGUCCUGCUGAACAUAAAGGCGGUGCUGGAAGAUGCAGAAGAAAAGCAAUAUCGGGAUCGGUCGGUUAAACUCUGGCUAGCUGAGCUUCGAGACUUGGCUUACGAUGUGGAUGAUUUGCUCGACGAGUUUGCUACCGAAGCUUUGUCAAAAAAAUUGGAUGCUGGCAGUCCAAAUCCCAGCAUGGUACGCAAACUUGUUUCCUCCCUUAAUACUAAAUUUAGUCCAUCAGCUGUUAGAUUUAAUGUGAAAAUGGGGUCCAAGAUCAAGGAGAUAACUGCAAGAUUUCAAGAAAUCAUUAGUCAGAAAGAGUGCCUUGAAUUGAGGGAGAGAGGGGCUGGGGGGUCUACAAGUGAUAGAGUGGUGAGAAGAUUGCCAAGUACUAGUUUGGUUAAUGAAUCUUCUGUUUAUGGCAGGGAAAAGGAUAAAAAUACAAUUCUUGAGCUGUUGCUGAAGAAUGAAGAGCCAGGUGCUGGUGUGAUUUCUAUAGUUGGCAUGGGAGGGAUAGGAAAGACCACACUUGCUCAGCUCGUUUAUAACGAUGUGUCUGUUGAGGGCUUCUUUGAUUUGAAAGCUUGGGUUUGUGUUUCUGAGGAAUUUGACGUUGUUAGGGUGACAAAAACAAUCUUACAAUCGGUGAGUUUUGAGUUUUGCGAUUUGAAUGAUUUGAAUUUGCUGCAAGUGAAAUUAAGCCAAUUGUUGAUGCGGAAGAGAUUCUUGAUAGUUCUAGAUGAUAUUUGGAAUGAGAAGUAUGAGGACUUGAUGAUCCUGUUCAGUCCUUUCCAAGGAGGUUAUUCCGGGAGUAAAGUCAUUGUUACGACCCGUAGUCAAACUGUUGCUUCAAUGGUGGGAACCGUUCCUGCUUAUCAUUUGAAUGAAAUGUCAUUUGCUAGUUGUUUGUCUUUGCUCACACAACAUGCUUUGGGUAGAAAAAACUUUGAUGAUCAUCCAAAUCUGAAAGUAGUUGGCGAGGAAAUAGUGAAAAGGUGUAAGGGCUUGCCAUUGGCUGCAAAAACUCUGGGAGGUUUAUUGUGCAGAAAAGCAGAUUAUCAUGAAUGGGAAAGUAUAUUGAAUAGCAAGCUGUGGGAUUUGCCUGAAGAGAAGAGUGGCAUUCUUCCAGCCCUUUGGUUGAGCUACCAACAUCUCCCGUCCCAUUUGAAGCAAUGUUUUGCGUUUUGUGCAAUAUUUCCCAAGGACUAUGAAUUUGACAAAGAUGAGUUAGUCCAGUUAUGGAUUGGAGAAGGUUUUAUCAGUCAAACCAAAGGAAUGAAGCAAAUUGAAGAUUUAGCUGCCGAGUAUUUUUGGGAUUUAUUAUCAAGGUCAUUUUUUCAACAAUCAAGUAGUAAUGACUCAUUUUAUGUGAUGCAUGAUCUCAUUAAUGAUUUGGCUCAAUCUGUUGCGGCUGAAGUUUGUGUCCAGUUGGAGGACAAGAUGGGGUUUGGGCAGCAUAAUUUUUUUGAAAGAGUUUGCCACUCUUCCUACAUUCGUCAUAAGUAUGAUGUCUGUAAAAGAUUUGACUUAUUCUAUACAAUGAGACGCUUACGAACUUUCCUAGCAUUACCUCUCUCAGUGUCAGAUUUGGGUGCAGAUAGCUACUUAAGUACUACGGUUUUACAGGAGUUGCUGCCAAAACUUAAACGCUUAAGAGUACUAUCUUUGAGCGGUUACUGCAUAAGUGAGCUACCAGAUUCUAUCGGCUAUUUGAAACACUUACGGUAUCUUAAUUUUUCUCACACGAAAAUUAAAUGCUUACCUCAAUCAGUAAGUGUACUCUAUAAUUUACAAACAUUAAACUUGAGUGGAUGUAAAAAACUUAUUGAAUUGCCUCGUGGAAUAGAGAAUCUGGUCAACCUUCAUUAUCUUGAUAUUGUUGAUACAGAUGAUUUGAAGGUUAUGCCUUUGAAAAUUGGUAAUUUGGUCAAUCUCAAGAAAUUGCCAAAAUUUAUCGUGGGGAAAGGCAAUGGACCUAGGAUAGGAGAGCUCGGAAGCUUGUCUAAACUUCGAGGGCUGCUUUUUAUCUUUGAGUUGCAACAUGUGACAGAUAUUCAAGAUGCAAGACUUGCCAAUUUAAAGGAGAAGCAUGGCCUUGAUGAGUUAGUUAUGAAGUGGAGCAAUGAUUCUAAUGAUUCAAGUAUUAGAGAAGAUCAAAUGAGUAUUCUUGAGAUGCUAGAACCUAAUCGAAAUUUGAAAAAACUCAAAAUUUCAGGUUAUAGUGGAGCAGAAUUUCCAUCGUGGAUAGUAGACCCCUCAUUUGAUAACAUGGUCUACCUGAGUCUCUGUGAUUGUCAAAAUAUCAGUUCAUUGCCUUCACUUGGGAGCUUACCCUUUCUAAAGGAAUUGCACAUAGAGGGCUUGAGUGGAGUGAAGCAUGUAGGUCCUGAAUUUUUUGGGGCUAAUUCUUUUUCUGAUAAACUUUUCCCAUCCUUAAAGAUUCUAAGGUUUGGGAAUAUGUUGGAGUGGGAGGAAUGGUCUUCACCUACACAGUUUGAAGUAGCAGAAGGAAAGUUCCCUUGUCUCCAUGAGCUCAGCGUUUGGAAAUGUCCCAGGUUGGUCAGAGAUAUACCCAGCCAUCUUACAUCACUUGUAAAGCUUCAUAUUUUUGAAUGUCCACGGCUUGAAGGUUCACUUGUAAGCCUCCCAUCUCUUUGUGAAUUGCAUUUAGAGCAAUGUGAUUAUUUGUUUCUGACAAGAGUUGUUGACCUUACCUCCCUCACUACUUUGAAGAUUGAGAGAAUUUCAAAUCUUUCUUGUUUGCACAAAAAUUUCAUCGACUGCUUGGUAUUGCUUGAAAUUCUUGAAAUUGAAGACUGUGUUGAACUUGUAUCUUUGUGGCAAAAGGGGGCCAAUUUAGAAAAACUUUCUUGUUUGAAGCGUUUAGUAAUUGGGAGCUGUCCUCAGCUGGUACAGUUGACAGAUGGAGAGCAGGAGCUGCCGUGCAACUUAGAAUAUAUGGAGAUAUAUGAUUGUGCUAACCUAGAGAAGCUGCCAAAUGACCUACAUAAGCUCAGAUCAUUAAAAGAUUUGAGUAUCAAGUGGUGCCCAAAAUUGUUGUCUUUUCCAAGGACUGGUUUGCCUUCUAAAAUUAAAAGCCUUGCUAUAUGUGGAUGUACAAAUCUGGGGUCCCUACCCAAGGGGCUGAUGCAUGAUGAUAAGUGCAGCAUCCAUAAAGGUCAUCUUGAAUGCUUGGAGAUUGUCGAAUGUCCAUCUCUCAGAUCUUUUCCAGAAGGUGAGUUAUCAGGUGCCCUUAAGAAACUUGAGAUUUGGGAUUGCAUGGAGUUGGAGUCGCUUUCAGAGAGAUUGCUACAGAAUAGCAGUUUACUUGAGUUCAUUGUCAUCGGAAACUACAAUCUACAAGCCUUCCCUGAAUGCCUGUACAGGUUCAAAUAUCUCACUGGGUUGCAUGUAAUUGGAUGCCCUUGUUUAGUGUGUUUUCCAGAAAGUGGCUUGCCUAUUCCUAAUUUUAGAAGGUUUUAUAUAUACAAUUGUGAGAGACUCCAGUCCCUACCCAACUAUUUACAUAACCUCACAUCUCUCCAGUAUCUGACAAUAUUUGGUUGUCCAGGCUUAACAUCCUUUCCAGAUGGUGGUUUUCCACCAAACCUGCUGUCACUUACUAUUGGGAAUUGCAGAAAAAUCACAUUGUCCUUUCCAAAGUGGGGCCUGUACAAACUUACAUCGCUUAAAGACUUAAAUGUUGGUGAUUGUAAUUUAAACGUGACAUCUUUUCCAGAAGAUUCUACACUUCCUUUGACUCUUGUCCACCUACGAAUUCAUCAUCUGGAACAUCUGAAAUUCCUAUCCAAGGGGCUCCAAAAUCUCACUUCUCUUGAAGCACUGGAUGUUUGGGAUUGCCCUCAGCUUCAAUCUUUGCCAAAAGAUGGCCUGCCUGUUAUGCUCGGGGUACUUGACAUCAGAAAUUGUCCCCUUCUAGGAAAGCACGAUUUCAAAGAGAGAGGUGUAUGUUGGCCAAUCGUUUCUCACAUUCCUUGCGUGAAGAUAGAUUAUGUUGAAAUCCACUGAACGAACUUUGGCAGAUUAAAGUUUCCAUUGGACAAUAACACUAAGCAGGUUGUUCAUCUUAGGUCCUUGCUAAAGAAAUGGCGACUGCUAUACUUGAAAAGAUCAGAAGAGUCAUCUCCCAGUGUAUCUCAAUUGCAUAGGACACCAACACCAAGCAUUUAUUGCCUCAACCUCUAAUAGCAU